GUGAGCUCCGGCCACAGGAACACAAUUUCUCAGGAAAUGAAUAUAUUGUAACACCGGCUGAGUUUGGAGGUGUCUUCAUGGAUCGUUCAGUGCUGCAGGAGAUAAUAAAGAUGUUGUUCUGGUUUGUGCUGCUGAUGUUUGGGUGUGUUCGUGCUUCUGAACUCACAUUCGAGCUGCCGGAUAACGGCAAACAGUGUUUCUAUGAGGACAUUAUUAUCGGCACUAAAUGCACUCUUGAGUUCCAGGUGGUGACUGGAGGUCAUUAUGAUGUUGACUGUCGUCUGGAGGAUCCUGAUGGAACAGUUCUGUAUAAAGAAAUGAAGAAACAGUACGACAGCUUUACAUUCACUGCAGCGAGAAACGGCACUUAUAAGUUCUGCUUCAGCAAUGAAUUCUCCACCUUUACACACAAGACGGUGUAUUUUGACUUUCAAGUCGGUGACGAUCCUCCACUUUUCCCCAAUGAGAACAGAGUUACUGCUGUAACACAGAUGGAAUCUGCAUGUGUCUCCAUUCAUGAGGCUUUGAAAUCCGUCAUCGACUAUCAGACGCAUUGCCGUCUGCGAGAAGCUCAAAGCCGCGGUCGAGCAGAAGAUCUGAACACUAGAGUGGCGUUCUGGUCCACCGGAGAGGCCUUCAUCCUGUUAGUGGUCAGUAUCAGUCAGGUGGUUCUUCUGAGGAGCUUCUUCUCAGACAAGAAAACCACCACGACUCGUGUUGGAUCGUAACGCUCGCAGGUUCAUCGCUCAUCACACACGGUGACCUCGGACACGGUCACAUCUCGAAGGGGUUUUUAAAGGAAGUCAUAUAUAAAAUAGAGUCAUUUAAAUUAAACAUUUUGAUCUUGCUUCCUUUAGUCCUGUGUGUGAACUGAGGAUUCAUAUCCGGGAAAUGAUAUGUUCAGUUUGAUUUUCAACAAUUUAUUUUGUUGAUGUGUGUUGGAUUUUUACUCAGAAGUGUAAGUGAACAUUAACGGAUGUAUUGAUAGAACGGAUGUACAGACACUGCAGAUCUAUUAGACACACUAUUGUUGUUUGAACAUUGUAUCAUCAUCAUCAUCACUGGUAAUUAUUAUAAUAGUAAUAUGAAUGGACUUGAAACAUUAGUUCAGUCUAAAUAGAUCCACUAUCAGUUUUAUUUGAUUUGUGUUGUGCAAAUGGGCAUUCCUGCCUACAGCUACUGUUUCUCAUAGUCAUAUUUCUCUUCAUGACGUUGUAAUUGGUGUGUUUUAUAUGAGCUGUUUUUUUAAUAGCUGUGCAUUGAUUUCUUUACCUUUGUUUGGGGUAAUAAAUGUCUUGAACGCCUCACAGCAUCUUCAUAAAACAUUACAUAUACUGAAAACUGACAAAUGUUUUAUUCACUUUUAUAUAUUUGGGUGAAUUAUUGAAUAUCCAGAUGUCAAAUGAGCAGUUCUGUCUCAUAACGAUACAGCGCUCUGAUGAAUCUAUAAAUGACCCUUAGAACGUGUGUCCAUACGAAUCACAGCAUAUCUGAUCAAUGUCGAUUAAAAGGCCCAAAAAAUUGCUUUAUUUAUAGAUCUGGCCUGUAUUUUAUGAGCUGGUUUUGCUUUGAUAGCUUUAGAAUUGCAUUGAGUCCAUUUACUCAUAAAACGGUGAGUGUGCCAGUGCACGAAAUUAAUUUGAGAAAAAUAAUCAUUUUAAACGCUGCAUUAGCUAGUCUGUUUUAUUCUUAUGUAUUUUGCUUUCCAUAAAUCUAGAAACAUCACUUAAAGAUAUGAACUCUCAGUUCAAAUGUUCAAUGUGAGUCUAAACAGGUUUCUCUUUAUUGACUCAAUUUAUUAAAUCUGGA